UGCUGCGACCUUGUUGUUGCAUUCUUGCUUUAUGAUUUUGAUGUCACUAAAGUCAUGCAGUAUGACAAGUCCUCAUUAUUGGCUGCAUGGCGGUUUGCCGGUCGACCGCAGCAAGGAGCCCCAAAUGGACCGGAUGCAUCGUGGCAGCUUGCAAUGCACAGGCUCCGAGCGCCCCAGCCAGCCUCAGCGGCCUCUGUGUGCAUCGGUGCCUGUUGCAGAGCCGCAGCCUGGGAAGCUUCGAUGGCGGUGCUGCACAGCAUUGAGGAGCAUCGCAUGUAUGUCGACACGGUAGCUUUCAAUGGAGCUUUGACUGCUUGCAGUAAGAAGCUGCAUUGGAAGCCAGCAGUGAACCUCUUGGCGGCCAUGAAGCGAGGACUUGUGAGAGCCAACUCAAUCAGCUAUAUCUCAGCCUUCAAGUCGUUGAAGCAGCAGAUGGACGCGUGGGCCCACAGCAGUUGGAGCCUUCAGAAGGUCAGGAGCCAAGGCUUGCGCUUGCACCUCUUUCUCCGCAGUGCGUGCUCAACCCUCUGUGCAGAUGUCGGUGCAUGGGAAAAGGCCACAGCCCUCACUGGGGAAGAGGAUGAUGUCGUCGCGGUGAAUGGUGUCCUGAGCGCCUGUGCGAGGAGGCUGAAUUGGCCGCAAGCCCUUCGGCUUUAUGCAACGAUGAGGCAGCGCGGUGUCAAGCCUUCCCAGAAGAGCUUGACAGCCUUGGCAUCUGCAAUGUCCCGCACAAUAUCGAAUGUAGCCAUGGAUGCGCCUUCCUCGCCAUGCCCUUGGAGCCAUGCCCUUUCCUUGGCUUCAUAUGUCGGCUUGGCAGAUCUGAAAGGACAUCGCCGCCAUCGCCUUCGAUGCCGCGAAUUCAUCGCUGCGGUGACCACCUCGUGCAGCCGACGCUGGGACAUCGCCUUGCAGGUGGCCUCAGAGUUUGAGGGAGAGGUGGAUGCUAUCCUGCUGGGAGCUACCAUGCAUGCCGUGGGGUUGGCCUUGGCGUGGUCGCGAGUGCUGGCCAUGUUCCAGAGGACAACUGCAAGUCCAACAACUGGACUUUGCAACAUUGCCAUCACUGCAUGCGCACGUUCCUCACAGGUUCUGACCUCUUGUAAAUAUCAUGGAGUCUAUGGUCGAUGGUCCCUUGACUUAAGAGUGUCGAUGGCCUUGAAAUCUGGCGAGGUGGGACAAGGUCGAAAGCUCUUGGAAAUCUGCAGGGCCCAGGGUCUAGAGCCUGAUACGCAAUCCUUCAAUGCACUGAUGGGAGUUGUCCCAGAGAAGCAGGAGUUGGGAUGGCCCCUGGCCAUGCAGUUGGUCAUGCAGAUGGACCAGUGCAGCCUCCAAUCUGACAGGCUGACCCUGAACAAUGCCUUGGCUUCAAGCAGCCACGGAAGGUGCUGGCUUCAAGCACUAUGGCUUCUAGGAGCUCGCCAGUUGCCAGCUCCUGGCCUAGUGGCUUACAACGUAGUCAUGGAGGCAAGCCGUCAGCAGCCACGACUGGUGCUGGGUUUCUUCCGUGAGAUGCAUGUGCAAAGUCUGAAUCCUGAUGUCACAACACUCUGCCUUGUAGCUGAAGCCUGCGGGCAGCUUGGAAGGUUCGGCCUUAGCAGCAGCUUUCUGAGGGCGGCAGAGGAGAACGUUGUGGCAGCACUGCAGGAGAAAGAUGGCCGUUUUGACAUUUUGUCCAACGUAGACGGUGUCAGAAAACACGUGUCAGAAAACAAGAACGUCAAAGUCAGAAAACGCUAA